AGGUGCCGAAGGCCAAUUAUACGGGCUGCCCAGACGGACAUUCGAUCAAAAACCGCCGUGCGGACCGCCACCCCGCCGUCUACUUACGGAACGGAGCACCUGAGGUGCUAAACGAUUAGGAGUUAUCUGCCUUUCUUCGGAGCCAAUGCCAGGCCAGACUUUCGCAUUCCAAGACAAGCUCCCGAAGCUUCCCAUCCCCCCUUUGGAAGAUACCUGCAAAAGAUAUCUAAAGGCCCUUGAGGGGCUGCAGGACGCACGAGAACACGAGCAGACGAAGCUAGCCGUUCAGGACUUCUUGGAUAAAGAUGGGCCGCGUAUACAAGAGAAACUGAAGGCAUGGGCAAAGAAUAAGGACAGCUACAUCGAAGACUUUUGGUAUGAAUCAUAUCUAUCGCAUACAGACCCCGUCGUAUUAGCACUGAAUCCAUUUUUCGUUCUCGAGAAUGAUCCUUCGCCCGAUCGAGGCACCCAGCUUCCUCGGGCUGCGUCGCUUAUCAUUUCAUCUCUGGGAUUCGUCCAUGACCUUCGAGCUGGAAUUCUGGAGCCAGAUACUAUCCGAGGAAAGCCUCUGGACAUGGACCAGUAUUCGAGACUGUUCGGCACCGCCAGGAUUCCAACAGAGCGAGGAUGCAAGAUGCAAGUACACGAGGAUUCGAGACAUAUUGUCGUUCUUCGCCGCGGACAGUUUUAUUGGUUUGACGUACUUGAUGAUGACAACCUGCCGGUUCUUACGGAACGCGAAGUCAUACGCAACCUCAAGGCUAUCAUCUGUGAUGCUGACAAAACCGAUAAAGUUGAUGUCGUCAGAGGCGCGAUAGGCGUGCUUUCUACAGAGAAUAGAAAGAUAUGGUCUCAGCUCCGUGAUACCCUGUCUCAUGACCGUACUAACAAGUCAUGCCUUGAUAUCAUCGACCGGUCCCUGUUUGUGGUGUGCUUGGAUGAUGCUGCGCCGGAUAACUUGGCGGAUCUAUGCAGCAAUUUCUUGUGCGGCACGUACGGCUUGGAAGAUGGUGUCCAAACUGGUACCUGUACCAAUCGAUGGUACGAUAAGCUUCAAAUCAUAGUUUGUGCAGAUGGUGCUGCUGGUAUCAACUUUGAGCACACUGGCGUUGAUGGUCACACCGUACUUCGGUUUGCGGCUGAUAUCUUCACUGAAGGGCUGAUGCUGCUUGCCCGGUCAAUCAAUCCCUCGGCGCCUACCCUUUUCCAUGCAACCCUUUCGCCUCAUGCAAAGGCGUUCAAGCCACCGCGUAAUUCUGGUAAACCGCCAACACCCCCUCUAGACCACAUUGACACGACGCCGAAGAAGUUAGAGUGGAAACUCUCCUCCGAGUUGCGCGUGGGUAUUCGAUUUGCAGAAACGAGAAUUAGCGACUUGAUUUGCCAGAAUGACUGUCAAGCUCUGGAAUUUAAGGGUUAUGGAAAGAACUUCAUCACAAGUCAUGGAUUUAGUCCAGAUGCCUUCGUCCAGAUGGCAUUCCAAGCGGCGUAUUUCGGGCUAUACGGUCGAAUUGAAUGUGUAUACGAACCUGCGAUGACUAAAUCAUUCUUACAUGGACGUACCGAGGCCAUUCGUUCUAUUCAGCCAGAAAGUGUCCAAUUUACAAAGGUCUUCUACUCUGAAGCUUCGGCUUCCCAAAAAGUCGAUGCUCUGCACAAGGCCUGCGAGCGUCACGUUAAGCUGACCCGAGAGUGCAGUCAAGGGUUGGGUCAAGACAGGCACCUCUACGCUCUGUAUUGUCUCCUCCAGAGACAGUUCAAUGGAAAUCUCGACCCCUCGCCUGACGACCCUGCGCCAUGGCCAGAGUGCAGUAACAAGAUGCCCGCGAUCUUCACCGACCCCGGUUGGGAACUCCUCAGCACGUCGAUUCUGUCCACGUCCAAUUGUGGUAACCCCGCUCUGCGACUCUUUGGUUUCGGUCCCGUCGCUGCCGAUGGGUACGGAAUUGGAUAUAUCAUCAAGGAGGACGGAUUAUCUGUCUGCGCGUCCUCGAAGCAUUUGCAGACUAGGCGAUUUUUGAAUACCCUUCAGGAAUACUUGCUUGAUAUACAGAAGCUGAUUAUUCAUAUUCAUCGCUCGGCGAAUGAACGCCCGGCUCCAUUUGUUGAUCAUGCGGGUAUUCUGAGGGACUCAAAGACGGGAAGACCUAUUAGUGGGCAUUCUGGUGACGAAGGUGAUGAUGAGGAUAUUGCUAUGCCGGGAUACUCCUUCUUUGACAGUGGUGACGUGCAACUUCUUGGGCACCGGAGGCGUACACCAUAUUCACAUGUUGGCAAGGUGCUACAAUUGGCUGAAUAUUAGGCAGCUUGGGCUUUGCACACUUCUAUCUUUGUGAGUAUCGGUCUGCCGAUUGUGUCUAUUUGUAUGUAUCCCAUUUUGUAUGAGUACUGUUCAUUGGAGGAGAAU